AUGGACCAUCAGAUGAAUGGCUCAGCAGUGAGCACCUCUGAUCCUCACACGCACCAUCACACAACGCCAUCACCAGGGCACUCGCACGGUGGAGGGAUGAUGAUGAUGGAAAUGACCUUCCACUUUAGCUAUACAAAUGUGCCUUUGCUGUUUUCUGGGCUCGUCAUCAACACAGCUGGAGAAAUGGCUGGUGCAUUUGUGGCUGUCUUCUUCCUCGCCAUGUUCUAUGAGGGCCUGAAGAUCGCCCGAGAGAGCCUCCUCCGGAAGUCACAGGUCAGCAUCCGCUACAACUCCAUGCCUGUCCCAGGACCAAACGGUACCGUCUUGAUGGAGACGCACAAGACAGUUGGGCAGCAGAUGCUGAGCGUCCCUCACAUCUUCCAGACGGCGCUGCACAUCAUCCAAGUGGUGGUCAGCUACUUCCUCAUGCUCAUCUUCAUGACCUACAAUGCCUACCUCUGCAUCGCCGUGGCAGCAGGUGCGGGCACGGGCUACUUCUUCUUCAGCUGGAAAAAGGCGGUAGUGGUGGAUAUCACAGAGCAUUGCCAUUAACCCUGGCAGUGGGUCUGAGCCUCUCCCUGUAACCUCUGGAAGGACAAGGGUCACCCCCCAAGCUUACUGGAAG